AACCCGACCGCCCGCCAUUACUUUCUCAUCAAUGGAUUCGUAAAGUGUAUUUGUUUUCUCCUCAGCUCCACACAUUGGCAAGAUGUCGGUCUAGCACCAAAAGUUCUUGCACACGCAAGUGUGCCGCCACAUCAUAUCAAAAUGCAAGCCACCAUGGCGCUUUCCCCGCUCGCCGGAUCCAUAUCGGCACAAGAAGCUUACUUAAACAACCUUUCCCCACCAACCCUAAGCAGCGCACCACACAACCACCAUGAGUUGUGCGCCGUUUAUAUCAUGGAAGGAGGAGCCGCUGUCACCUCUCAACACUGACGAGGUGGCAUGGCUCUCCGAAGACACGUUCUAUCAAACAUCCCCCGAACACGAUGACUGCAUUAAAUUUGAAGAUGAUUUAGUCCCUUGCGAGACCAAGGCAGAGGUCGCUUCUCUCAUGCUGGAAAACUUGGAGAGUUUGAUCAACCUAGAUGAACUCAUCAAGGAAGAACCUUUCCUUCUCGACGAGAAGAUGCUACCAAUCCUGGAAGAUGUGGAGCCCCCUCGUGCCAUAGAAGUCCCCAUUGCUCCCCCCUCGAAAAUCGAGUACGUCCGUACCCCCGACACCCAGUUCCUCCUUAAAGAAUUCGAGACCGUCUACGACGUGGUCGAAUUCACCCAUGAAACCCUCACCCCGCCCCAGAGCCCACCCGGCGACCAGAAGAUCCUCACCACCCUCGAACCCCUUCUCCACUCCUCUUAUGCCUCCCUUGCGGAUAAGCAAAUCUACCCAGUACCUGAGAAGCCUCUUCUGCCCAAUGUGCUCGCGUACCGGCCCCCGGCCGCGCUCCCCGACUACCCGCAGACCCCCACGCCGCAGCCCGACAUCGCCCACGAGCUGGCCGUGGUGGACGAGCUGGUGCGGACGCGCGUGGAGGACAUGCAAUGGAGCAGCGGCCCCUCGUCGCCGAACAGCAACAGCAGCAGCGGCAGCAGCAACUUCGGGGACUGCUCCUCGGACGACCCCGAGUGGAUGCCCGAGCCCGUGGAGAAUUACGAGGGCGCGGGGCCCGUGAAGGCGGCCCGGAAGAGGAGCAAGCCCUACUCGCGCACUUCUCCCGUCGAUAAGAAAUCCAGGAAAAAGGAGCAAAAUAAGAACGCGGCGACGCGUUACAGGAUGAAGAAAAAGGCGGAAGUGGAAGUCAUCCUCGGCGAGGAGAAGGAGCUGUCCGUGAAGAACGAGAAGUUGGAAGGAGAUAUCAAGGACAUGCAACGCGAGAUUAAGUACUUGAAGGGGCUGAUGCGUGAUCUCUUUAAAGCUAAGGGACUUAUCAACUAACAAACACAAUUGGCAACAUUUUUACUGCUUUUUUCUAUGUCUAUGUUUACCUUUAAGGCUUUUUUAUAUUUUUUCUCUGAUUAUAGGAUAGUCAUCACUCCGAUGUUUGAUAGAUCGUUGUCAAGUAGGAAGGAUGUUUAAGUGUGUAUCGUACUUUUAAGUUAACGUAAAAUAGGCGGAAAAAGGGUGUGCUUGAUUUAGGGACACCCUUUUUCCAUAUUUUUAAGUGAUUACUGCUCAUUUAAGUCUCUUUUUAACACUGUAGGUAUAGAUGUAUGAAUUUACUAAUAAAGGAUCAUUUUUUA